CUCAGAAACCCGGAUUCAAACUGAGUGAAAAGUGAAAUCUCUACCUCUUUCAACAGCGUUGUUGAAACUGGAUGACUUUCAAAGAAAAUAAGGAGUUAGUGCGAAUCAAAGCAGCCACAGCAGUUUCAGCUGAGCUUCUCGACUAUAAAAGGACAUUUAGCAGCAGCUGACGAAACAUUCAGUCCAGCAGAGAGUCCAUCAUGAGGAGUCUGGUGUUUCUGCUCUUGGUGGCUGCGGCCAGCGCAAAAGUCUUCCAGCGCUGUGAAUGGGCCCGAGUGCUGAAGAGUCAUGGGAUGGACGGCUACAACCACAUCAGCCUGGCCAACUGGGUUUGUCUGUCCAAGUGGGAGUCAGACUACAACACCAGAGCCGUCAACCACAACACUGAUGGAUCCACUGACUACGGCAUCUUCCAGAUCAACAGCCGCUGGUGGUGUGACAACGGCCGCACCCAGUCGUCGAAUGCAUGCCACAUCAGGUGCAGCGAGCUUCUGACCGAUGACGUCAGCGUGGCAAUCAACUGUGCCAAACGCAUCGUUAGGGAUCCCAACGGCAUCAGAGCCUGGGUGGCCUGGCGCAAUCACUGCCAGAACCGCGACCUGAGCUCCUAUCUGUCGGGAUGUGGUCUUUAAUCAGCACAGUGGAAACAGUAUGCUGUCAUCAACAUAAUAAAAUUCUCCCAUCUUCAGCUGCAGUGGAUCGAAACAUUUCUACUGUUGUCUGAUCUGACAGGAGUAAAACAGAGUUAGAUGAAGCUACAGUCGAUUCUUUUCAUAUCAAGUGAAUUCACAUCUUUACUUUGAAUGUAUUCAGUUUAACCUUUGAUUUAACAGAUCUAAUCAACUUGUAUCUGUUGUUAUUGUGCUCAUUUUAAAACCAGAUUAAAAUGUUGACUUCCACUAA